AUGAGUGGAGAAGAAUUGAGAAUGGAGCUUGCAGAGUUUGGAAAAAGCAUGGGGAGUUUCAGGAGCAACUCUUCAAGAAAUGAGCAUGAGGAUGAGGCAGAGCACGCUCUCCAAUGGGCUGAGAUUCAGAGGCUGCCUUCUUUCAAACGUCUGAGAUCAUCUCUGGUUGAUGAAGAAGGCAAUGAUGUGGAGAAAGGGAAAAGGGUUGUUGAUGUCACCAAGCUUGGAGCCACAGAACGUCAUGUGAUGAUUGAGAAGCUGAUCAAACACAUUGAGAAUGAUAAUCUCAAGCUGCUCGAGAAAAUCAGAAGAAGAAUAGACAGGGUUGGUCUGGAGCUUCCAAGCAUAGAAGUGAGGUAUGAGCAUUUAAGUGUUGAUGCAGAAUGUGAAGUGGUUGAAGGGAAGGCUCUUCCAUCUUUGUGGAACUCCUUGAAGCACAUUGUCUUAGAGUUGAUAAAGCUGAGUGGUGUAAGAACACAUGAAGCCAAGAUAAGCAUACUUAACGAUGUUAGCGGCAUCAUUAACCCGGGAAGGUUAGUUGCCUCUUUUGAUCCAAUCUUUGAGUUGUGUGUAAUGCAAUCAACUAAUGUCACUUGUUGUUUCUCAAGGUUAACACUGCUGCUUGGUCCUCCUGGAUGUGGCAAAACCACUCUUCUUAAGGCUUUGUCCGGAAACUUGGACAAGAAUCUAAAGCUUUCUGGUGAAAUCUCCUACAAUGGACAUGGUCUAAACGAGUUUUUCCCUCAGAAGACAUCAGUUUACAUAAGCCAACACGAUCUGCACAUUGCAGAGAUGACAGUUAGGGAGACAAUAGACUUCUCAGCUCGUUGUCAAGGUGUUGGUAGCCGAACAGAUAUUAUGAUGGAGGUCAGUAAAAGAGAAAAAGAUGGUGGAAUCAUUCCUGACCCGGACGUAGAUGCUUACAUGAAGGCUAUAUCGGUUAAUGGACUUAAAAGAAGUCUGCAAACAGAUUACAUCUUGAAGAUCCUAGGGCUUGACAUAUGUGCAGAGACAUUGGUUGGAAAUGCGAUGAAAAGAGGCAUAUCUGGUGGUCAAAAGAAGCGUCUUACUACAGGAGAGAUGAUUGUUGGUCCAGCAAAAGCUCUUUUUAUGGAUGAGAUUACAAACGGCUUAGACAGCUCCACAGCUUUUCAGAUAGUCAAGUCACUUCAGCAGCUGGCUCACAUCACCAACGCAACAGUGUUUGUUUCACUUCUUCAACCUGCACCAGAAUCAUAUGAACUCUUUGAUGAUAUUGUGUUGAUGGCUGAAGGAAAAAUUGUGUAUCAUGGUCCAAGAGAUGAGGUCUUGAGAUUCUUUGAGGAGUGUGGGUUUAGAUGCCCAGAGAGGAAAGGUGUUGCAGACUUUCUCCAAGAGGUUAUAUCAAGAAAGGACCAAGGACAGUACUGGCUGCACAAGGACAUACCUCAUAGCUUUGUCUCAGUAGACACAUUGUCAAAGAGAUUCAAGGAGUUAGAGAUUGGGAGAAAGCUUGAGGAUGCUCUCUCUAAGCCUUAUGAUAAAUCAAAAACCUACAAAGAUGCUCUUUCUUUCAAUGCCUAUUCUCUUCCAAAGUGGGAGCUGUUCAGAGCAUGCAUCUCAAGAGAGUUUCUUCUAAUGAAAAGAAACUCUUUCGUCUACCUCUUCAAGACGUUUCAGCUUGUUCUGUCAGCAAUCCUCACUAUGACAGUGUUUAUUAGAACACGGAUGGGCAUAGAUAUCAUUCAUGGAAACUCUUACAUGAGUUCCCUCUUUUUCGCAACGGUUGUGCUUUUGGUUGAUGGUGUUCCAGAGCUGUCUAUGACUGUUCAAAGACUUUCCGUGUUCUACAAGCAAAAGCAACUUUGUUUCUAUCCAGCUUGGGCUUAUGCAAUCCCUGCAACAGUGUUAAAGGUUCCUCUCUCUUUCUUUGAAUCCCUAGUUUGGACUUGCCUUACUUACUACGUCAUCGGAUACACUCCUGAAGUCUCCAGGUUCUUGCGUCAGUUCAUGAUGCUCUUUGCUGUUCACUUCACAUCCAUAUCCAUGUUCCGAUGUAUAGCUGCAGUCUUUCAGACAGGAGUUGCUGCAAUGGCAGCUGGUAGUUUUGCCAUUUUAAUCACCUUUGUGUUCGCUGGUUUCGCCAUCCCUUACACUGAUAUGCCAGGGUGGUUGAAAUGGGGUUUCUGGGUGAAUCCUAUAGGUUACGCAGAGAUUGGGCUCUCUGUAAACGAGUUUCUUGCUCCGAGGUGGCAGCAAAUGCUACCAACGAAUGUUACCUUAGGGAGAACUAUACUUGAAAGCAGAGGACUGAACUAUGAUGAUUACAUGUAUUGGGUCUCAUUAGGUGCCUUGCUGGGUCAGACCCUUAUCUUCAACACCAUCUUCACUCUAGCUUUGACUUUCUUGAAAUGUAAGUUACAAAACUAUGCCAUGGAACAGAGAGCAUAUACUAACGAGCUUUUUUUUUCUUUAACAGCUCCUACUACAUCUCGUUCUAUGAUCUCUAAAGACAAGCUCUCUGAGCUGCAAGGAGCAAAAGAUUCAUCAGUCAAGAAGAACAAGAAGGGAAUAGAUUACAUAGAAGAGACGAACAAUGAUUCAGGGAAGAUGGUCUUACCUUUUAAGCCUCUCACCAUAACAUUUCAAAACUUGAACUACUACGUAGACGUUCCUGCGGAGAUGAGAGCUCAAGGAUACAAUGAGAAGAAACUACAGCUACUCUCAGACAUCACCGGAGCUUUCAGACCAGGCGUUCUAACGGCCUUGAUGGGGAUCAGUGGAGCCGGAAAAACAACUCUACUAGACGUUCUCGCCGGAAGAAAAACAAGCGGAUACAUAGAAGGAGAGAUCAAAAUCAACGGAUACCUUAAAGUCCAAGAAACGUUUGCAAGAGUCUCAGGUUACUGCGAGCAAACAGAUAUACACUCACCAAACAUCACCGUCGAGGAGUCUCUAAUCUACUCCGCUUGGCUCCGUCUAGUUCCAGAAAUAGAUCACAAAACAAAAAUAAGAUUUGUGAAGGAAGUUCUUGAGACGAUAGAGCUAGAGGAUAUCAAGGACGCUAUGGUGGGAGUCCCUGGCCAGAGUGGACUAUCGACGGAGCAGAGGAAGAGGUUAACUGUGGCGGUGGAGUUGGUGGCGAAUCCGUCGAUCAUUUUCAUGGACGAGCCCACGACGGGGCUGGAUGCAAGAGCAGCUGCCAUUGUGAUGAGAGCUGUGAAGAACGUUGCGGAGACUGGACGUACCAUUGUGUGCACUAUUCAUCAGCCUAGCAUCGAUAUUUUUGAAGCCUUUGACGAGUUGGUACUUCUGAAGAGAGGAGGUCGCAUGAUUUACACUGGACCACUUGGACAACAUUCUUCUCAUGUGAUACAGUAUUUUGAGAGUAUCCCUGGAGUUGCAAAGAUUAAAGACAAUUACAAUCCAGCAACAUGGAUGCUAGAGGUCACAUCACAGUCUGUAGAGAUUGAACUCAACAUGGACUUCGCAAAAAUCUACAACGAAUCAGCUCUCUACAAGAGCAACUCAGAACUUGCUCAAGAGCUGAGCAAACCGGAUCCCGGGUCAAGCGAUUUGCAUUUCGAGAGAACUUUUGCUCAGAGCUGGUGGGAACAGUUCAAAUCUUGUCUUUGGAAGAUGAGCUUGUCUUACUGGAGAAGCCCUGCUUACAACUUGAUGCGAAUCUUUCACACUUUAGUCUCUUCUUUGAUCUUUGGUUUACUCUUCUGGAAGCAAGGCCAAACGAUAGAUACUCAACAGAACCUGUUUACAGUUCUAGGAGCCAUCUAUGGCCUUGUGAUCUUCUUGGGAGUAAACAACUGCACUUCAGCGUUACAGUAUUUUGAGACAGAGCGUAAUGUUAUGUACCGUGAAAGAUUCGCUGGAAUGUACUCUGCCUUUGCCUUUGCAUUGGCUCAAGUUGUGACUGAGAUUCCUUACAUUUUCAUCCAAAGCGCAGAGUUUGUGAUCAUAAUAUAUCCUAUGAUGGGUUUAUACGGAUCUGCUUACAAAGUCUUUUGGAGUCUCUACUCAAUGUUCUGCAACUUACUCAGCUUCAACUACUUAGCAUUGUUCCUCAUUUCCAUCACUCCAAACUUCAUGCUCGCAGCUAUUCUUCAGUCUCUUUUCUUCGUUGCUUUCAACCUUUUUGCUGGUUUCUUGAUUCCACUACCGCAAAUACCAAAGUGGUGGGUGUGGCUUUACUAUCUAACACCUCCCUCUUGGAGUCUCAAUGUGUUUUUCUCGUCUCAGUACGGUGAUAUUCAUCAAGAGAUCAAUGCGUUUGGAGAGACCACAACCGUUUCUAAAUUCUUAGAAGACUACUUUGGAUUCCAUCAUGAUCGUUUGUUGGUUUCAGCCAUUGUUCUCAUCGCGUUUCCAAUUGCAUUGGCUUCUAUGUUUGCUUUCUUUGUUGCCAAACUCAACUUUCAGAAACGAUGAUCGAGUGAUCACACACCAACCAAAAGGUCCAUAAACACAAAAGGGUAUAUUCGUUUUACACAUUGCUGUACGGACAUGCACGUAUUCUUUGUCACACUAUUUGUAACAACACUAAACAAAAGCAAAAU